AUGGGUUCCUUACCUCCAACAGACUUCGACGCCCCCCGCGACAAGGUGAUCAGUCCAUGCAAACUUGCCCAUGUGGUUUUGCGCACCGCCAACUUCCAGGAGAUGGUGGAUUUCUACACCACUUUUCUCGGCGGCAAAGUCACAUACGGUAACGAUGUGAUCAGCUUCAUCACCUACGAUGAAGAACAUCACCGUCUGGCCCUCGUCCGGCUUCCCGGCACGGGGCCCAAACAAAUCACCAGUUCAGGCCUGGAGCAUAUUGCGUUUACAUUCCCGACGCUGUCGGAUCUGCUGAUGUCGUAUCGCCAGCGCAAAGCCAGGGGCGUUGAACCCAUCUGGUGCGUGAACCACGGACCCACCACUUCAUUGUAUUACAAGGACCCCGAUGGGAACAAAAUCGAGACGCAAGUCGACAACUUCGAUACCACCGAAGAGGCGAACGCUUUCAUGGGGUCAAAGGAGUUCGCGGAGAAUCCAAUCGGCACGGAUUUUGAUCCGGAGGAGAUCAUCGCUAGAAUCAAGAAAGGGGAGUCUGAAGUCGAUGUGAAGCGUCGGGUUGAGAUUGGACCUAGGGGUAUCCCGAAUCUCGACAAUCUUUGA